GUGUUACACCCUGUUGUACAAAAAUGUCAUCUUCUUAAACAUCUAAAUUAGUUUUGAGAACAGAAAUUAAGUUUCCUUCAAGCUAAACACUGAUAACCAAAACAAAGUAGGGGGAAACUAAUGGAGUAUCAAUUUUUGGAGUACUCCAACGGCACUUUAUUCAGGAUAUGGAAUGCAUAUGAAUCGAGUAUAAAAUUGUGUCUUCUUCCAAAAUCUCCCUAAAUAUUUCUCAACUCAAUCGUAAGUUGUUGUUUGAUGACACCCACUGCAAGCCCCAUGCGUCUUUGCCGCCAUAGUUCCACCGCCAAUUCGUAUAUACAAACAGUGAGAAAACCCCAGCUGAGCUACUCUUUCCAUUUAGACGAGGUUACUUCCAGUCGUAUAUUAGACAGACAACCAGAUAUCGAAACACUGAAAAAACUACAUUCCAAGAUUAUUUUCGAUCCUGAUCUAUGUUGCAACACGUCUCUUGCCAUCAAGUUGAUGCGAGCUUAUGCGGUUUGCGGCCAACCUAAUGUUAGUCGCCAACUGUUUGAUAAAAUACUUGACAGGAAUGUGGUGGUAUAUAAUGUCAUGAUCAGGAGCUAUGCGAAUAACAGGUUCUAUCAAGAUGCUAUUUUUGUUUACAAAGAUAUGUGUAAACGAGAUGUUAGUCCUGAUAACUUUACAUUUCCUUGUGUUCUUAAAGCUUGUUUUGGCUCUGAUAAUUUGAAGGCGGGGCUGCAAAUUCACAGUGCUGUUAGCAAGAGGGGUCUCUAUUCUGACCUAUUUAUUGGGAAUUGCCUGGUGGCUAUGUAUGGGAAAUGUGGGUGUUUAGUGGAGGCUCGUCAGGUUCUAAAUGAAAUGCCCAAACGGGACGUCGUUUCUUGGAAUUCAAUGGUUGUUGGAUAUGCUCAAAAUGGAAGGUUUGAUGAUGCAUUAGAGGUUUGUAAGGAAAUGAACUUGUUAGGUCAUAAACCAAAUGCGGGAACCAUGGCUAGCCUUUUACCUGCUGUAAGCAAUACCAGCAUUGAGAAUGUCUUGUUCGUCAAAGAUAUUUUCUUGAAUAUGGAUAAAAAGGAUUUGGUUCCAUGGAAUGUGAUGAUAGCUAUAUAUGUCAAGAAUUCUAUGCCUAAUGAGGCGGUUGAGCUCUAUCUCCAAAUGGAAACUUGUGGGAUCGAGCCUGAUGCUAUAACUUUUGCUAGCAUUCUUCCUGCUUGUGGGGACCUUUCAGCUGCAUCGUUGGGAAGGAGGAUUCAUGAAUCUGUUGAGAGAAAAGGUCUUAGGCCAAAUUUAUCUCUUGAGAACUCCUUAGUUGAUAUGUAUGCCAGGUGCGGAUGUUUGACAGAGGCAAGGAAAAUGUUUGAGGGGAUGAAGUUUCGGGAUGUUGUGUCAUGGACUUCCUUGAUAUCUGCUUAUGGUAAGAGUGGCCAAGGCCGGGAUGGAGUUGCUUUGUUUUCAAAAAUGUUGGAGUCUGGUCUUCAACCUGAUUCUAUUGCUUUCGUUUCCGUUCUUUCUGCGUGCAGCCAUGCAGGAUUGGUACAAGAAGGAGAAUACUAUUACAGGCUAAUGACCAACAAUUACAAGAUUGUGCCAAGGUUAGAACAUUAUGCCUGCAUGGUUGAUUUAAAAGGACGCGCUGGACGCAUAAAUGAGGCCUACAAUUUCGUCAAGCAGAUACCUGUGGAAGCUAAUGAGAGAAUCUGGGGUGCUCUUUUGGGUGCCUGUCGGUUGUACAAUGAUAUGGACAUUGGUCUUGUAGCUGCAGACAAUCUUUUUGAAUUGUCCCCAAAGCAAUCUGGUUAUUAUGUGUUGCUAUCAAAUAUUUAUGCGAAGGCUGGAAGAUGGGAAGAUGUAACGACUGUUAGGUCAAUCAUGAAGGGAAGAGGGAUUAAGAAAAUGCCCGGUAUCAGCAAUAUUGAGCUCAAUAACAUGGUGCACACCUUCCUCGCUGGUGAUACGUCUCACCCACAAUCAAAGAAGAUCUAUGAAGAGUUAGACAUAUUAAUAGGCAAGAUGAAAGAGGAAGGAUAUGUCCCAGAAACAGAUGCUGCCCUUCAUGAUGUUGAGGAGGAAGACAAAGAAAAUCAUCUUGUAGUUCAUAGUGAGAAACUGGCCAUUGUCUUUGCAAUUAUCAACACCACCCCUGGUACACCCAUUAGAAUUACUAAGAACCUACGUGUAUGUGGAGAUUGCCACAUUGCUGCCAAGCUUAUUUCCAAUAUCACACAACGUCUGAUUGUUGUUAGGGAUACAAAUCGCUAUCAUCACUUUCAAAAUGGAGUUUGCUCAUGUAGUGAUUAUUGGUGACUCUGCCUUGAGGUUCAAAGGUUUAUGCUUAUAUCAGUUGCUUAAGUUUGGUGACUGCAAAGGUUUUAUUCUCAUUUUGCUAACAUAUCACUCUUUUCGGGCUGGCAAUGUCACGACCCAUUUUCUAAACAAGCCAAGACCGGCACUCGAUCACUAAACCUGAUCGAGCGAACCAUCUCUGCUUAUUCAAUGUAUUAUAGCUCCACACUUUAUAUGCAACAAAGCAAUACUCUAACCAAAUACUCUUGAUUAAUUCAAAUAUUUAAAUAAAUCAACUCCAAAACUUUAUUCAUAGUAACUACUGAAUUAUUGCUAAGUUAUUAUAAAAUAACAUAUGAAUCUCAACCCAAUGACUAUGUCUAUGAAGCCUCUACCGAUAAACUGACGCACUGCUCAGGACAUGAGAUUUCCUGGCCAGUUCUCUAAAUAAAUAAAGAAAUAGCUAAAUGAAAAUGACUCUAAGAAUACUCCACGAACAAAAGCGGAGCUCACCAAUAUCACUGGAAGGGAAGGAAGUCCUAACUCGUAGCCUGCUCGCCUGCAAAUCCGGUUCCUACGUUGUACCGCAGACCAACGUAGGUUCCCAAAAGAGAACGUCA